CCUGGACCGCUCCACGAAGAAAACUAUCUGCUCUAAUUUCAGACUGACAAUGCUGAUUCACUUCCGCUGACAUAUCCGACAGCCAAAUAAUUGUCACUGAAGGAAGCGCUUCCGAGUAAUGACAAUGUUGGGCAUGUAUGUGCCAGACAGAUUUUCUCUGAAAUCGUCAAAGGUCCAGGAUGGAAUCGGUCUUUACACGGCGAGGCGAGUGAAAAAGGGAGAGAAGUUUGGCCCCUUUGCAGGUGAGAAAAAGCUGCCCAGUGAGCUGGAUGAAGGCUCGGACACCAGGCUGAUGUGGGAGGUCCGUGGCAGUAAAGGGGAUGUGCUGUAUAUUCUGGAUGCGAGUAACCCACGCUAUGCCAACUGGCUGCGGUUUGUCCAUCAGGCGCCUUCGCAAGAGCAGAAGAACUUGGCAGCCAUACAGGAUGGAGAAAACAUCUUCUACCUGGCUGUGGAUGACAUAGAGACAGACACAGAGCUCCUGAUAGGCUACUUGGACAGUGAUAUGGAGGAAGAGGAGGAGGAAGAAGAGGAGGAGAUCAUCAAAGAUGAGGAUGAAAACAGUAAAGACGCCAAGCAUCUUGUUGAAAUGGAACUAGUAAUAAAGAAGGAGGACCACCCCUGCUUGCUGUGCGAGAGCAGUUUUCCCAGUGAGGAGAUCCUGGCCGCCCACCUCCAGAGCCUGCACCAGAGGCCCAGCACAGAGGAGAAGGAGUUCAAAUGCAGAAACUGUGGCAAGAAGUUCCCCAUCAAACAGGCUCUGCAGCGCCAUGUUUUGCAUUGCUCUGAGUCACUGGAUCCAUCAGCCGACUCUAAAGCUCACCAGUGCUCCUUGUGUCACAACACAUUCAGCUCAGAAUCCAGUUUUGAGCAGCAUAAGGAAGCCUGCAAAGGAGAUGCCAGGUUCAUCUGCAAAGCAGAGAGCUGUGGUAAAAGAUUCAAGAGCAAGGACGCGCUGAAGAAGCAUAAAGGAAAUGUUCACACAGGGAGCGCCCGACGGAAACUCACAUGCACCAUAUGCAACAGAAAAUGCUCGUCCUCUCUGAAUCUACAAGAACACAGAAAGGUACAUGAAAUAUUUGACUGCCACGCGUGCGAUAAGAAGUUCAUUUCUACAAAUCAGCUGAAACGCCAUAUGAUCACACACUCGGAGAAGCGACCGUAUACCUGUGAGAUCUGCAGCCGCUCGUUCAAGCGUCUGGAUCAGGUGACGGCUCAUAAGAUCAUCCACAGCGAGGAUAAGCCAUACAAAUGUAAGCUGUGUGGGAAGGAGUUUGCUCACCGCAACGUCUACAAGAAUCAUAAGAAGACCCACUCUGAGGAAAGGCCCUUCCAGUGUGAGGAGUGCAAAGCGCUGUUCCGCACCCCCUUCUCUCUACAGCGUCAUCUGCUCAUCCACAAUAGUGAGAGGACGUUCAAGUGCGACCAGUGUGACGCCACCUUCAAGAGGAAGGACACGCUCAAUGUCCACAUCCAGGUGGUGCACGACGGCCACAAGAAGUACAAGUGCGACCUGUGUGAGAAGGCCUUUGUUACGCCGUCGGUCCUCAAGAGCCACAAAAAGACACACACGGGGGAGAAGGAGAAGAUCUGCCCGUACUGUGGACAAAAGUUUGCCAGCAACGGCACGCUAAGGGUGCACAUACGCAGCCAUACAGGUGAGCGUCCGUACCAGUGCCCUUAUUGUGACAAAGCAUUCAGCAAGAACGACGGCCUGAAGAUGCACAUCCGCACGCACACUCGUGAGAAGCCGUAUAAAUGCAGCGAGUGUAACAAGGCCUUCAGUCAGAAAAGAGGGCUGGAUGAGCACAUGAGGACCCACACAGGAGAGAAACCUUUCCAAUGUGAUGUGUGCGACCUGUCAUUCAGCUUGAAGAAGAUGCUCAGCAGGCAUAAGCUGACACACAACCCUAACCGGCCCAUGGCGGAGUGCCAGCUGUGCCAUAAGAAGUUCACCAGGAACGACUACCUCAAAGUGCACAUGGAGAAUGUCCACGGGGAAACUGAGAGCUAGAGGCAAUUAUGAUGGAAGCACUGGCUGAAAAUCUCUGAUAUCUGAUUCCUCAGAUAAAGUUCAGUCUCCUGCUUCAUGCAGCCAGUAUGGCCUUUACAUACUGUAUACACAGAUGGAUAGAUAGCAGAAAUGUUGUUAUCAAAGAUACGUACAUGCAGAAUAUGGAAAAAAUCAAGGAGAGUAUUUGAAAACUGAAACAAAGACUGUACAUUUGUAAUUUUCAGUCAUACUGUUUAGAUGCUGCUUUGGAGAUUUGAACAAACAAAAUUCCAGGUAUGUUUGAUCUGCCUCCAGAGCCGCUGUCUGCUCACAGGGCAAACGAAAUGUCUGACAUUUCACUUCCAGCCUUUCUGACUUCUAACCAGUGUUACUGUUCCUACUGUUACACCCUGACCUCUUUCACUGUAGUAUUUACUGAAUACCUUACUGUACAUCUGUGGCCAGUUGGCAAUUUAAAAAAGAAAGAAUCAAACAACAGCAGCAUGCGACCAAACAUCUUUCAGUGCGCUUCUCUGGUUGUACCUGUACACUUGUUUACACAUUUCUUACAUUUUACAGCUGUUCUUUUGUGUUCAGACAUGUUUACUGCUUUGAUUCUGUUGGGCCCCUGAGCAUACUUUCAAAACAUGUUGCUUCAUUUAUGGUUUCCAAAUAUCACCUUUUUGAAGUAUUAAAAAAAAAAAAAAAAAGAUAGUCAAAGAACAGAUGGAGAGGGAGAAGUGGACCUCGGAAAACACAAAGUUUCUAUUUACAUGAUAGCUUGAAAGUGUAAGCAUGCUGUCCUCAGACAUUCGUGCUCCUUUUCCCAUAAAAACCUGCGGCUGUGUGAUGUUUGUUGCUCCAUGUGUGCAGAGUUCCCAAAGAGGUCAUUUCAGAAGACCUCCAUUUCAGAUUUCCUCUGAAAAUUGAAGGUCCAUAAGACCCGAUUUCUGUCUUUAGGUAAGAUUUGGUGGAUUACUGCUCGACCUACAUCAUUAACUUAAAGUGACUGGGUUCAGCUGUUGUCUUUCCCAUGACCUGUUGCAUGAAAAUCAGUGGUAUUUAAAGUGUGUUACUGUUCCUGGGUCCCAAAUUAGGGACCGAAAGAAAAUCCAAAGUACUGUUUGUUGACUUAUGUGAUGAAUUAAGUGUUUUCAUAUGAAUGGCCCAGGGUUAUUGGGCCUUAGAGUGUGUGUUUACAUUGUUCUUUAGUAAUGAGAGUUCAGUACAGUAUUUCAUGUAUUUCAGUAGUGAAAUUCUGUCCUGUUUUCCAUCCACAUUCAUUUGCUUCCUCGUUUACUGCCUCCUGUGAUUAAUGCCCAGUUUUCCAGCUGUUUAUUCUGCAUCUGUAGACUGUGAAUUGUCACUUCACACUUUUGUAUUUUGAAAUGUAUAAAACCUCAUCACCUACUAAACAUCCAUUUCCUCCACUCGUUCUAAUUACGUGUUUGUGAACUGU